UGCGCGCUCAUUGGUGGGCGGUGGCGGCGCGAGGGCGCGGCGAGCGUUGGCGCAACGGCCGCAGGGGCUGAGCGGCCGCGGCCGAUGGAGCGGGGGCAGCGGCAGCGGCAGCGGCGGCUCCGUCCCGGGGCUGCCCCGGGGCCGCCCCUGGUUCUCCGCCGAACCCCGCCGGAGGAGUCCAGGGGUCCCCCCGAGUUGCUUCACAUCAAAGUCGAGGAGCCCGAGGCGGAGGAGGGAGAUGGCCCGGCCUGCUGCGGGGACAGCGGAGGGUCGGCGGGCGUGUUCAGACGCUCCCCGUCUCCAUGGUGGGGCAAAGAGGGGAGCCGCGUUGUCACCAAGAGAGAAAGGGACCACGAAAGGGGCAGUGGUGAAAACCAGAGUGAGGUGAAGGUGCUGGAGAACAGGGGCGAUGGGAAGGAGCCCUGGAGAGCAGCUGCUGCCAAAGUGGAGCCGCUUCCCGCGGCCUUCGAGGUGAAGUUGGAGAAGGACGAUGGCCCGGCCGGCUCCCCAUGCGGCCCCGUUCAGCCCAGCCCCACUGACCACAAGGCACAGCUGUGCCAGGGCUUCGGGAUCCUCCCUGAAGAUGUGAAGCUCCCGGUCGUGUUUCGCCCCUUGCCUCCUGGAACCCGCAUUCAGAUCCAAGGGCCUCUGCCGCCGGACCUCAUCCAUGUGACCAAAGUGCCGGUGAAUCAAGUGCCGCUUAAAACGCAGUCUUUGCUGGAGCCUUCCGUAAAGAUUGAAACUAAAAACGUUCCCCUCACAGUACUGCCCUCUGACUCAGGUAUGCCAGAUACUCCAUUUAGCAAGGACAAAAGUGGCCAUGUAAAGCGUCCGAUGAACGCGUUUAUGGUGUGGGCAAGGAUUCAUCGGCCUGCCCUAGCAAAAGCCAACCCAGCUGCCAAUAAUGCAGAAAUCAGUGUUCAGCUUGGACUGGAGUGGAGCAAACUGACUGAAGAGCAGAAGCAGCCCUAUUAUGAUGAAGCUCAGAAAAUAAAACAAAGGCACAGAGAGGAAUUUCCUGGUUGGGUUUAUCAACCACGACAGGGCAAAAGGAAGCGUUUUCCACUGCCUGUCUCUGCUGUGUUUGCCGGCGCUCCUCAGAGCCUCAUCACCACAAAUCCAGCUGGCAUUUGUCCCUUCCAGCCGCCUGCUUACUCUGUUGUCAUCCCCAAUGUUAAGAACAGUAUUGGACAUCCAGUCUGUGAAGCUUCUCCCGCGAUCCGUCUGCCGGCUUCUUCCAUCCAACAUGCUGGUCCAAUUACUCUUUUCCAGACUACUAGUGCAAGCACCGCACCAGUGGCUGUUCCAGCUCCCACCCUGCCCCUGCGCCCUGUCAUUUCACCACAGCACUUUGCUGAACCUGCUCAGACAGAAGCUCUUGAUGUAUCAUCUGGGCUCAGUUGCUCUCCUAAGAGACCUACCCCAGUUUUCAUCGAGAGCUUCAGCAGAAACCCAAGUAACGUAACCAACACCAAUGGCAGAUUUUCUGUCUCUAGUAGCGAGCCCCCAAAGGAGUACCCAGGGGUUUCUGUUUUCCCUAGAGCUGUGCCUCUACCCCAGGCUACUCCUUUUCUUCACUCACAUCUUUGUGAGUCUUUUCCCAUCAGUCAGCCACCCAGUCUGUUUGGAGUGCCUCCUCGCUUUUCAUUUUACCACCCUUACUUUGUACCUGGACCGCACUAUUUCCCCUCAAGCACAUGCCCCUUCAGCCGACCUCCAUUUGGCUGUGGGAAUUUCUCCAGCUCAGUGCCUGAAUGCCUUGGCUUUUAUGAAGACAGGUACCAAAGAGCAGAGGUGAUGUUUUCGGCUCUGGAUGGAGACUAUCCUUUCAAGGAAUACCCAGAAGGAAGCGUCCGUGAGGAGCCCCGCAGCUGUGAGAGCCUUGACGUGGUGUCCUGUCACAACAGCGGCAGCGAGGAGCAGUAUUUAAGCCCCCUGCCACAGCUGGAUGUUGGAGCGUUGGAGGAGGUUUUGUCAGCCACCCCAUCUUCUCCUUCCAGCGUCCACCUUAUCAACGUAACUGACAGCGACGAGGAAGACGAAGUAAAGUUGUUGCAAGAAUUGUAAUUUUUAAAACAAAUUUUAAUCCAGAGAACUAUCAUAGAAUGGGAAAUAAGUGUUUUCCUCAACACAGCCUUUUCAACCAGCGUGUUCAGUGGAAAACCCAUGUAGCUUGAGUGAGCUGUACAGGUCAUUUUGAAGAGUCUGGUGACCUGUUUGUAUUCUGAGAGGUCACACACAGACCUGGGGAGGACAAAAACCCCUGGAGUUUCACCUGCUCCAUCAGGGAAUUGUUUGGGCUCUGGCUCAGGAAAGCACACAGGAAUUCAGCUCUGUGAUAAUGUGCUUUCCUGAGGAGAGCUGUGUUUAAACACAUCCUUUUAAUGCCAAAAUAAGCAUUUUGAUGGUAUUUGCCAUAAUUUUGUAGGUAUUACUUUAGGAAUUUUAACAAGUGAAGUAAUUCUGGUUUAUGACUGUACUGUAAUUCUUGCUGCAGUAAAAUACUAGAAGGCCUGGAGAGUGAAGUCAAGAAUUAUUCUACAAUGCUUUAUUUUUUCCCUUUGGUGAGACAGUUUUAAACGUAUUUUGUUUAAUUUUUGACUGUAGUUUGUAUUUGUGGUACAACUGCUAUGUAACACACUGAAAAUUUACAUCAGUUUCAGUAAUACCUUGGUCUGCAACCGGUUCCUUUAAUAAAAAUGGGAUUGUCCAGAAGCUGUGGUGAGUUAUGGUAGCACCUAGAGACAGAGGAAAAUGGAUGGAAUCUGGCCCUGCGACCUACUUACUCUAGUGGGCUGUGACUUGAUUCCUGAACGCAGUUAUUACUGUAAAGAAUUCUACAGAGAAUACCAAAUUCUCUGAAGAAUAUCAAAGGCUUUUAGCAGAGACGGUAUCUGUGCUGAACUCAGUCACGAAAUACAAAAUCUUUUGGUGAAAAUUUGUAAUUUAUGUUAAUAUUUUUUUCCUCCCUUGUUUUGUGGAAUAGAAUGUCACUUUCUUCCAGGAAUCCUAUUAUUUUACUGUUGUUCCAUUUGAAUAAACU